AUGCUACUCAAGCUGGGCUCAGUCCUGCUCCCGCGAGCACCGAUGGAAGUGGAAUUGAAACUGAAUCAAGAAGAUUCCACUUAUACUCCUCGAGAUACGAUUUCAGGCGAAGUGAUCUUACACAAUGAUUCAGCGGCCGAUUUGUCGACGGUUGUUCUAAAGUUGUCGGGGACGGCAAUCUCCAGACUCAGUCACACCAGCCGCACAGAAACCCAUCAGAUUUUCAAAAAGUCGCAACGAGUCUUUCCUCCAGAUGUAUUGAUCAAAGAGAAAGGCUCAAGUGUAACCAUCGGGGGUGGAGAAUGUACAUUCCCAUUUUCCAUCACAUUGCCAAAAGUCACAGAAUGCUACAAGGCUGAUCAUUGGUCAAACAAGUCCAAUGUUUCAUGUGCAAAUAUUGGACGUUGGAGAACGCAAAAAGAACACAUAAUGAGAAAAUCUCCGCCGUCAACUGGCGACUCUGACUCUAUUGCUGAAGUUAAAUACUCACUGACCGUGGUUGUGACGGGGAAAAGCGUGGUGAAGAAGACACGAGAUGUUCAGUUUAAAUACUUGUCCGAUCCACUGCCCCCACAGAGGCCACUUAAGCAAGAAUGUGUUCUCAACGUUAAUCCACACAUCGUCGCUGGCUCGGCGUUGUCAUUCUGGAUCAACGCUGAGCUCCUGAAUGGGCCCUGUCUUGUUCUCGACCAGUCCAUCCCUCUAAAAAUUGACAUCGCGAAGCAAGGAGACGCGCACUGCAGCAUCAUACUGAGUGAGUUUCAAACCAUGCUGGUUGAAAAGACACAAGUCAAAGCUCAAGGCAUCGGCGAGUCAUCAACCAGCACAUGGAUUGUGCAAAGUACUGCAAACAUGAACUACCCUGUGUCACUUGCAAAUUGCCCUUCUGGGACAGUCACAACACUCCGCGAUGCGAUAUAUUGUCAUCAUCCACUGCCUCAAGGGCUGACCUCUAGUUUCGAAGUCUGCAACAUCAAGCGAACAUACAGAUUGUUUGUAAGGCUGGGAUUUCUUAUUGGCGACCACAAGGUAAUGUUCCCUGUUUUUUUGAUUUUUGGUUUCCUGCGCUGGCUGACCAAUUGCUUCUACUACUAG